CUCCUUACCAUUUUCGGAGACUCAAUGUGAUGAGCAUAUAACUUAGUUAUUCGUUGAUUAAUAAUGAAUAAUAAUCAUUUGUUGUCUUCAUCUUCCUCAUUUGCCUUAAAUUGUGAGCAUAGUUAAUUUUAACAGUAAAACAGUAAGUAUCAGUUAGUAUCACUUUUAAUCAAGUUUCUAAAACAAAUGAAUCUAAAUUAUCUCAGUGUUUAAUUAUUUCAUCGUUAAUCACCAUCUCUUAAGUUAAAACCACAACGAAAUUGUUAAUCGUGACAACCAUUUUCUUUGAAAAGUCACAAAGUGUUUUUCUUCAAUUUCAUUUCUAAAAUGAGUGAAUUUAAAUUAACUCGAUGUUUAAUUGUCUCACUGGUGAUCAGUUUCUCGCUAAUUAAACCAACAUCCCAGUUGUUUUCAGCCGAGGGUCUAGCUAAUUUCUUGAAAUCUAUUCCGAAAGCAUUAGCUGAUGUAUUUACGAGUAUGGGUGAAGAAUCUCCAGAAUGUCCAAAUAUAAUCGCAACGGCUCUCACCACUUGCGAAAAGCCACUUUUACGAAAACUUGGUCGCAUUGAACAUCGAAUGGAUAAAGGUUCAUCUUUUUAUUCCGACUGUUGCUACUAUGCUCAGUUUCAUCAUUGUAUGUUUUCCAAGGUCAAUCAUCAGUGUCACCAAUAUAUCGAUGGAGUUAUUGACCACUCAGAAUAUACGAAUUUGGAAGUAGAUUGUUCAGAAUAUCACCAUGAAAAUCUAAUAUGUCGUUUUGUUGACUACCAUUACAUUAUAAUUUCGAUCGCGGUUAUUUUUGUUCUAAUUGUAUUUUGUUAUUGCACAUUCGUUUGUCAGCGUAAUCGACCAAAAUCUCGGAUUCGAUCUCUUGGAUCUCCUCCAAAAGUAAAAUCAGGAAUACAAAGUCGAGUUAAUUUCUUUUCCAAUCUCAAAAACCAUUCAAACAUUUGAAAAUCAAUCAUUUGUAUCUCCACAAGGGUGUAAUAUGGCUAACUUACUUGGAGGAGGCUAAUCAGCCCAAAUAAUUGUCACUUGAUUCAAUUGUUUCUUAAUUAAUUAAACAUUUACAAUGAUUAAUCCCUGUUUAAUGCGCAGGAAAAAAGCUUUACAUCCACUAACGCAGUUUUACACAUCCUGUAAUAUAAAUCCCUUUUUAGUAUCUUCAUAACAAUUUUUUGUACAUUUAACAUCAAUCAAUUUCUAAUAAAAGAGAUAAUCAAUGAGAUGAUUAAGUUAACCCAUCGACUGAUUGUAUCUUUAAUUGUCGUUUUGGGCCUAAUUGGACUUUCAUUUGGACAGGAUUCUGAUUGUGUAAAAAAUAUUUCAUUGACUAUAAUUCAUUGUGAACGUAGACUUUUUCAGCAAAUCGACGUUUCAUCAUUUAAGAAUAAAAGUCAAGAAGAAAUUAAA